AGUUUUAGCAUAGAAAUAGCAUCUCCGUGAACAGAAAAGGGUGUCUUUCACCUUUGAAAAUCUCAUAAAACCCAAACAAUAAAAAAGAAAAAUAAAUAAUUAAAAGAGAAACUUAUUUUUCUAUCCAGAACGAAGCACACGGACACAGAGAAAAGCAAAUCAGAUUUCCAGUUCCUGUAAUCUCUUCAUCAUCAUUAUCUUCUUCUUCUGAUCUCUGUACGAUGCGAACCUAAGAGAAGAAGUUAACCAAAAUGUUUAGAUUCGAACAGGAGAAGAUCAGGAAACGAAUUUGAUUUCCAGUUUCCUUUCGCGAAGUCACAUCUAAGUGGAUUAAGUGACAGGGAUUGUCAGGGUUUUGGUGUUUCUCCGGAUAUGGCCGAAGCGCUUUCCGUGAUUCCGGCCUCCGUUCUUCGUAAUCUCUCUGACAAGCUCUAUGAGAAGCGCAAGAAUGCUGCUCUCGAGGUUGAAGGUAUAGUGAAGCAGCUGGCGGCUGCUGGGGAUCAUGACAAGAUAUCAGCGCUGAUCAAUUUGUUGACGACGGAGUUCACCUACUCGCCUCAAGCUAAUCAUCGCAAGGGAGGAUUGAUAGGACUAGCUGCUGCAACUGUAGGGUUGACAACAGAAGCAGCCCAACAUCUCGAGCAAAUCGUGCCGCCUGUGCUUAAUUCUUUUUCUGACCAAGAUAGCAGAGUUCGUUAUUAUGCUUGUGAAGCCUUAUACAACAUCGCAAAGGUGGUGAGAGGAGAUUUUAUUGUAUUCUUUAACCAAAUAUUUGAUGCCUUGUGUAAACUUUCGGCAGACUCAGAUGCCAAUGUACAAAGUGCUGCUCAUCUUUUGGAUCGGCUUGUGAAGCUCUCAUAUUGUCAUAUAAUGAAACAGGACAUUGUUACUGAAAGUGAUCAAUUCAGCAUUGAAGAAUUUAUACCAUUGUUGAGAGAACGUAUGAAUGUCCUAAACCCCUAUGUCCGCCAGUUUUUGGUUGGAUGGAUCACUGUGUUGGAUAGUGUUCCAGAUAUAGAUAUGUUGGGUUUUCUUCCUGAUUUUCUUGAUGGUUUAUUUAAUAUGUUGAGUGAUUCUAGCCAUGAAAUCAGACAACAAGCUGAUUCUGCUCUUUCAGAGUUUCUCCAGGAGAUCAAGAAUUCCCCAUCUGUAGAUUAUGGUCGUAUGGCUGAGAUAUUGGUGCAAAGGGCAGCUUCUCCAGAUGAAUUUACUCGAUUAACAGCUAUCACCUGGAUAAAUGAAUUUGUAAAGCUUGGUGGGGACCAACUUGUUCCUUACUAUGCUGAUAUCCUGGGAGCCAUUCUGCCCUGUAUAUCAGACAAAGAAGAGAAAAUUAGAGUGGUUGCUCGUGAAACCAAUGAAGAGAUUCGUGCAAUCAAUGCUGAACCUGCUGAAGGAUUUGAUGUUGGAGCAAUACUCUCCAUCGCUAGGAGUCAAUUAUCUAGUGAGUGGGAGGCCACUCGGAUUGAAGCAUUGCACUGGAUAUCAAUACUUCUAAAUAGGCAUCGAGCUGAGGUCUUAUGUUUUCUGAAUGAUAUAUUUGAUACCCUUCUCAAAGCACUUUCAGAUCCUUCUGACGAGGUGGUACUCCUUGUUCUUGAGGUUCAUGCAUGUAUAGCAAAAGAUACACAACACUUCCGUCAACUUGUUUUUUUCUUGGUGCAUAAUUUCCGUAUUGACAAUUCUCUUCUGGAGAAGCGUGGUGCCUUGAUUAUCCGAAGACUCUGCGUACUUUUAGAUGCUGAAAGGGUCUAUCGGGAACUCUCCACUAUACUGGAGGGUGAAGCUGAUCUGGAUUUUGCUUCUAUUAUGGUUCAGGCUCUGAAUUUGAUCUUACUUGCUUCCUCUGAACUAGCUGAGCUUCGGGAGAUCUUAAAACAAUCACUAGUAAAUCCUGCUGGAAAAGAUUUAUUUGUCUCUUUAUACACUUCAUGGUGCCAUUCACCUAUGGCAAUUGUAAGUCUUUGCUUAUUAGCACAGACAUACCAGCAUGCAAGUGUGGUGAUUCAGUCUCUGGUAGAGGAAGAUAUCAAUGUCAAAUUCUUGGUCCAACUGGAUAAAUUGAUUCGUUUGCUAGAAACUCCAAUCUUUGCUUAUCUUAGAUUGCAGCUUCUUGAACCAGGAAGAUACACGUGGUUAUUAAAAGCUUUGAAUGGUCUCUUGAUGUUACUCCCCCAGCAAAGUGCUGCUUUUAAGAUAUUACGGACUCGUUUAAAAACGGUCCCUUCAUAUUCCUUCAAUGGCGAUCAAAUUAUGGGAACAUCUUCAGGCUCUGAAAUUGGACGUCAUAUUCCUAGUGGAUCGCAAAUAUCCGAGGAUGGUGAUGUAAAGCAGGAGGUUGGGAAGUUUAAUUUUGGUUCAAGGCUUCAGCAGUUGGAGCAAAUACAGUCCCAGCAUCGCAUGCAUGCUAAAUCACGCAACAAUUCUACUACAUUGAAUUCAGGAAAUACAAAGACCAGAAGAUCCCAUGAAUAGGCCUCCUUCAACAUCAUCUAGGAGAGGACCGGGGCAGCUACAGCUUUGAACAUGCUGUUAAUUUCCUGCCUUUGUUCUACAGCUUUUGAUGAGAUUCGAUAUAACUUUAAAAUUUUAUAUCUAGAUUGUUCUGUUGAAUUUAUAGAGAUUGGGAACUGUAAAAAAAAAGGAAAAAGAGAGAAGAGGGAGAGGUAUUGAAGUAAGUAGAGCUAUUAUUUCUCUUUGUAGAAAGAGAAUGACCAUGUGGUUCUAUUAUUUUUCUAUUGAAAGCCACAAGGGCAAGAGCAAAAUGCGUUAGAAAUCA